CGCCAAUACAAAAUGAGUCCUACGAAAUCACUCCCCACUAUACUACUGCUCUGUUUACUUAUCUUGAUAGCACAAAACAAUGCCAGUAAUAACCAAGAAAAACGUCCACAUAUCAUUUUCAUUUUAGCAGACGAUUUAGGCUUUAAUGAUGUCGGCUUCCAUGGCUCAGCGCAGAUUCCAACACCUAACAUUGAUGCCUUAGCGUUUUCCGGACUCAUAUUAAAUAACUACUAUGUAAAUCCAAUAUGUACGCCCUCUAGAUCGGCGCUAAUGACAGGAAAAUAUCCAAUACACACGGGCAUGCAACAUACAGUUUUAUAUGGCGCGGAACCGCGUGGUCUGCCAUUGACUGAAAAAAUUUUGCCACAGUACCUGAACGAAUUGGGUUACUCAUCUCAUAUCGCCGGUAAGUGGCAUUUGGGUCAUUACAAAAGUGUUUAUACGCCACUACAGCGUGGCUUUAAGACGCAUGUAGGCUUUUGGACAGGACAUCAUGAUUACUUUGAUCACACGGCUGUGGAGCAUGGCAUGUGGGGAUUGGAUAUGCGAAAAG